AUGAAUAUGAAUGUCUGGUCAGGACCCAUUGAGCUUGGUCCAAAUCAUCAGUUGGAAGGGAUCCGCCUGGUUGACCCGACCUCCCACUGGCAAUGCGACAUAUCCAAAAACACAAAGCUGGGUCUCCGCAGCUUUGUCAAUCCAGCUUUGAUUCCUCUCCACGCACGAGCAGGACCUAACCUCGAGUUACACACCACCAAUUCACACACAUCUCAAUGGCUACGACGCAAACUGUCUGGGGCCAUCUGGUUAAACGAAGAGGAACUGGACCUCCACCAAUCACUCCAGUGUCCUGUUGGCCUGCUCGUUAGUGUUGAUGGAACUUCAUCUAAACGGACCGGCGCCGCCACGUCGGACCUCUUAAUCUAUGGUGUCUUAUCCAACGCAACUUCAUGCACGCGACCACCCACUCCCCCACAUUCGUCACCAAACGAUACCAACGGCCGUGUCAAUACCUCGACAAGCAAGUCAUAUCAGCUGAGAAUAUACGCAGCGCCACUUUCAACGCUGCAGCUUACCCAGGCGCAGUCCUUCCCGUCUCCCCCGCCAAGCUCUGACGGAGAUCGCGUGCCCACGCCAGCUGAAUUUCUUCCGGAUAUCAGUUCGCCAAGUCCCAAGCGGAAGCGAGUAGCUACACUGUUUGAAGUUGCUGCACAACACCAUCGUCGUGUACGACAAAAAGGUGGCGAAGCAGUUUCACAGUUGAUGGCACCUUCGCGGCCCUUGUCGUCAUCACAGAAUCUCCAAUUGCUCCGAGUCAAGCGCGAACCCGAAGACGAGUCACCAAGUCUUCCUACCCUUGAUCGACUGGUUAACGGAAGAUCAAGAUCGGUAUCCAUUGGAACCAAUUUGCAGCGACCCGGAAGUACACGCAGUGCUCGCGCAACUCCAAGUAUUGGCGCAGAUCCUCAAAAGCGGGCUCCGACACCAAACCCAUUUUUAGACUCCAAAUCUCGACGUUCGUCGCAACAGAUACAGUCGCAGUGCUUUCCCCCGGUAUCUACUGAAGAUAGAACCUCUAUUCCAGCCUCUCCGCCCAAAAACCCGGAAUCCAUCAUUGCAGAAAACAAGAACCUGAUCACACGCACUAUUUUGACUUGCAUGCGGCUCUAUGGAUUCCAUCGCCUGAAUACGCGUCCCUCGGCUGGCAAGUCGGGUUCUGGAACCGUCGAUCCGGAGCCUGAAACUUCGACUUCAACUCCGGCUGCUGAGGGGCUUCGUGCGGAGACUCCGGCACCGGGGACAUCGGCUGAUGACGACGAGUUCAAGGCCAUGUACCAUGCUACCUACAAGGCUGCAGCUUUUGCACUCCGGAAAUAUUUGAAAGAUUCUGCCUCCAGUGGGGGUCAAGCGCCCAUGUUGUUGGAGAAAGAGAAAGCCAUGACACGCAUCGAUGACAUUCUUCGACUUUUCUGCGAGGAUUCUUGA